UAAGGAAUGAUGGCAUCAAGCUCUUUUGUUAAGCAAGAAUCGGUUCCAAUGAACAAUACUCACAUUACCCCUGAAGCAACAUAUGAAGCUGUGGUCGCAGACUCCAAGCUCUUUAUGGCUACGUUGGAAAGGCUUCACGCUCGCUUGGGAACUAAAUUCAUGGUUCCAAUCAUAGGAGGGAAAGAUUUGGACUUGCACAAGCUUUUCAUUGAGGUAACCACUCGUGGUGGAAUCAGUAAGAUAGUUAAUGAAAGGAGAUGGAAAGAAGUAACUGCUACGUUUGUCUUUCCUCCAACAGCAACAAAUGCAUCAUUUGUCUUGCGCAAAUACUACUUCUCCCUUCUUAACAAUUAUGAGCAAGUCUACUACUUUAGAUCUAAUGUUCAGACUCUAUCAGACUCUCUUCAGAACCCAUCCACUGGACCAGGACUUGUGCAGGGAACCACAAGACCUCCACAAGAACUUCUAGCUUUAACCUGUGCACCACAACCAAGGAUGGACUCUAGUCAUCCUCUCCCUGGAGGACCACCUUCAAAUGGUCCAAUUGUGAAUGGAGUGAUUGAUGGCAAAUUUGAAGACGGUUAUCUUGUAACUGUAAAGAUAGGAACAGAGGAGCUCAAAGGAGUUCUCUAUGAGCUGGUUCCACAACAGAGUCACGGUGGUAUCCCCAACAACAAUGCCAAUCCUCAGGGGAUUACUGGAGGAGUGACGAAGCGCCGCAGGAGAAGAAAGAAGUCAGAGAUCAAAAGACGUGACCCUGCUCAUCCUAAACCCAACAGGAGCGGUUACAACUUCUUUUUCGCUGAGCAGCACGCUAGGCUGAAGCCGCUGCAUCCUGGUAAGGAUAGGGAGAUCAGCAGGAUGAUCGGUGAGCUCUGGAACAAGCUCAACGAACAAGAGAGGUCGGUUUACCAAGGGAAGGCGAUGGAGGACAAAGAGAGGUACCGAGCUGAAAUGGAGGAGUACAGAGAGAAGCUUAGGACAGGACAGCUGAUAAGCAACGCUGUUCCGCUGCAGCAGAGGCUUCCGGAGCAGAAUGUAGAUGUGGCUGAAGCUGAUCUUCCAAUGGGAGAAGUGGAAGAAGAAGAUGAUGAUGAAGAUGGUGAUUCAAGCGGUUCAGGGGGAAGUCAUCCUUCUGAUCCUGAAUUGGAGGAGCCAUCUGAGAAUCCUUUAGGUCUAAACCUAAACGUUAAUCAGACUGAGAUGGUGGUGGUGGCUCCCAAGGAGACAAACGGCGAUGCUGUGAUGGUGGCUGCUGAGCAGAACUGAAGAUUCUUCUCUUUGUUUAAUUUUCCAGUUACAGUUUUUUUCAAUUAUACAGCCACAGGUAAGGAGAGUAGUGAGAGAGAGGAUAGGGUUUCAGAUAGGUUACUUGUGGCAUUAGACAAUCUCUUUUGGUGUUGGUACUUUUCUUUUUUUCUUUUUUUUUCAGUUAGAUUUCUUCGGCAGCAAUGCACUAGACAAGGCUAUGUUGUCUUGUUUUGUUGCAUGAGAGCUUCUUUCACAGAGUUACCAGUUUGAAGGAUUUCAUUAUUUUCAAUUUCAACUUUUAUGGAUAUUAAUUGUCUCAUCG